AAUGCAUGUUCUAGCUUUCUGUGUGCUUAGGCGCCCGAGCUACUGAGGGUCUAAGUCCGGGCAGCCGAAGAGUGUGGUUAGCAAGAUGAACAAAGAUGCGCAGAUGAGAGCAGCGAUUAACCAAAAGUUGAUAGAAACUGAAGAAAGAGAAUGCCUCAAAGAGUUUCUGAGAACUAAAUUAAUUGAAUGUGGCUGGAAGGAUCAAUUGAAGGCACACUGUAAAGAGGUAAUUAAAGAAAAAGGACGAGAACACAUUACUGUUGAUGACUUGGUGGCUGAAAUCACACCAAAAGGCAGAGCCCUGGUACCUGACAGUGAAAAGAAGGAGCUUAUACAAAGAAUAAGAACAUUCCUUGCUCAGCAUGCCAGCCUUUAAGAUUGAAUUAUAUUGUGUUGUUUGUGGUCUUAUUUCUGAAAGUAAAAUGUGCCAUGAAUUAGGAAUCGCUUUCCCAAAAUAAAAUCCUUUUUUGUAUGAUGGUAUACAGUUUUCGGUAAUGAUGUAUACAUUGUAAUGAUUUUUCCCCCCUAAAUGUGUUAUUUUAAUAAAUAUCUCUUGAAUGAAAAAAAAAAAAAAA